AUGGACGGAAGAGAGAAGCAGGAAAGAAGAAAUCUACCUCCUACCAACCUUUUUAUAAUCACGUGUCCUGCGAGUAUAAGGAAAUCAAGACUAUUGUUUGCUUUUGCCAAAGAUUUUGUCACAGCUCCCCCCAUUUCCAUGGCUCUUCUCUAUAUUCUUCAUUCCCUUUUAAAACUAGCUUUCCUUUGUUCCUUUUGGCCUACUGUUAUCCCCUUGAGUUUAAAUUAUCCGGCGGUGUUCAACUUCGGUGACUCGAAUUCCGACACGGGUGGAUUAGUUGCCGGAAAAGCUUUUCCCAUGACACAAUUUAAUGGGGAAACUUACUUCCAUGAACCCUCUGGCAGAUUCUGUGAUGGUCGCUUGAUCAUUGAUUUUCUAAUGGAGGCAAUGGAGCUUCCUUACAUGAACCCAUAUUUGGAAUCUGUUGGCUCUCCUAGUUUUCAAACAGGGUGCAAUUUUGCUACAGGAGGAUCUACCAUUCUUCCUGCAAAUGCGGCUUCAACAAACCCUUUUUCCUUUAAUCUUCAGUUAUCUCAAUUCUUCAGGUUCAAGAAUCGAGCUCUUACAUUGCUUUCUAAAGACAAGGAGCUUCAGAAUUAUCUCCCUGCGGAAGAUGAUUUCAACAAGGCCCUUUACAUAUUUGAUAUCGGCCAGAACGAUCUCGACCGCGUAUUCUACUUUCCGGUAUCGGAUGAACAAGUUGUUGCUUUCAUUUCAAAGCUUAUGUCAGAACUCAACUAUGGAAUGAAGAGAUUAUAUGAUGCAGGUGCAAGGAAUUUCUGGGUUCAUAACACAGGUCCCCUCGGAUGCUUGCCGAGAAUCAUCGCUACGUUCGGGAAAAAACCGUCAAACUUGGACGAACACGGCUGCGUUGCUUCACACAACCGAGCGGCUACCGUUUUCAACAAGAAACUCCACGAUAUGUGCCUACAGUUCUUAGCACAUUCGCCUGAAGCUAACAUCACUUAUGUCGACAUUUUCUCGAUAAAGCUGAACCUCAUCUCAAACUAUUCUCUAUACGGAUUCCAGCAUCCAUUAGCAGCAUGUUGUGGUUACGGUGGGCCGCCAUUGAAUUUCGACACUAGGAUUGCUUGUGGUGUAACCAAGGAUCUGAAUGGGAGCAUUGUGACAGCAAAUCCAUGUAAUAAUACAGCUGAGUAUAUAAACUGGGAUGGGACCCAUUACACUGAAGCUGCAAAUGGAUUUGUUGCAGAUGAAAUACUAACGGGAAACUACUCUGAUUCACCUCAUUUGAGGAAUUCACCAUUUCUUACCUGACCAAAUCAAUUUGUAUUAGAUUUGUACUCUUUUUAUUGAUUAUGAUCACAGUUUUCAUAUGACAAUGGGAAGAAUAUAGAUGAAAUUAUGGGCAAAA